CUGACUUGCUAUUUCUCCUUUCUGUCAUUCUGAUUUUCUUCUUUGGCGAAAAAAAACAAAACAAAGAGAAACAUUGACACAUUUGAGAAUAUUGUUUCUGAGCAGACAGCAGAUAUUUGUAAUUCUCUGGCUUUUCAUUUUUGAAACUUGCUCAGAAAGAGACAUUAAAGUUCAGAUUGCUGGAGUUCAAGCAGUGAAAAUGUCUUCAUCAGCUGAAUAUGACUAUAAUUGUCCCGUGUGCUGUGAAAUCUUCAAGACUCCUGUUCUUUUAUCAUGUAGUCACAGUGUCUGUAAAGAGUGUCUUCAACAGUUCUGGAGAACCAAGAAAACUCAGGAGUGUCCUGUCUGCAGGAGAAGAUCCUCAAAAGAAAAUCCUCCAGUAAAUCUGGCAUUACAAAACUUGUGUGAGUCGUUCCUGAAGGAGAGAAAUGAGAGUCGUUCAUCAGGAUCUGAGGAGAUCUGCAGUUUACACAGUGAGAAACUCAAACUCUUCUGUCUGGAGGACAAACAGCCUGUGUGUUUAGUGUGCAGAGAUUCAAAACAACACGACAAUCACAAAUUCAGACCAAUAAGUGAAGUGGUUUCAUCAUAUAAGGAUGAGCUCAAUACAGCACUGAAAUCCUUACAGGAGAAACUUACAAAGAGAGAAAACAUGAAAGGAGAGUUUGAGGAAACAGUUCAACACAUCAAGUCUCAAGCUGAGCACACAGAGCAUCAGAUUAAACAACAGUUUGAGAAGCUUCAUCAGUUUCUCAGAGAUGAAGAAGAAGCUACAAUCACUGCACUGAGAAAGGAAGAGGAGCAGAAGAAGCAGAUGAUGAAGGAGAAGCUGGAGGAGACGAACAGACACAUCUCAGCUCUUUCACACACAAUCAAAGACACGGAGGAGAUGAUGAAAGCCAAUGACGUCUGCUUUCUAAAGGAGUUUCCAGUCACCAUGGAAAGCUCCUGUGAUUCUGGAUCCAAACACUGCAGAUUCAUGUCUCGUCCUGUCUGAUGAUCUGACCAGUGUGAGAUACAGCAAGAACAAACAACCAGUUCCUGAU